AUGAUCGAAGUAGACUGGCAUGUUAGCGGUCGUAGUAUCGCCCAGGAGCUGAAGAUCAACCACAAAACAGUUUUAAACCCCUUGACCAAACAGAACGAAAUCGAGCCAUUUCUGAAACAGAUGGUGACUGGGGAUGAGAAAUGGAUUACAUAUGACAAUAUUGUGCGAAAACGAUCAUGGUCAAAGCGCAGUGAAACGGCUCAAACGGUGGCUAAACCAGGAUUAACGGUCAGGAAGCUAGCGAUCUUUCAAAAGCGGCCGGAAUUGGUCAAUAGGAGAGGAAUUGUUUUUCAUCAGGACAAUGCCAGGCCACAUACGUCUAUAGUGACUCGUCAGAAACUCCGGGAGCUUGGUUGGGAAGUUUCGAUGCAUCGACCUUCUAGUCAGGACCUGGCACUAAGCGAUUAUCAUCUGUUUUUAUCAUUGCAAAACUUCCUUGAUGGUAAGAAAUUGACCUCAAGAGAAGACUGUGAAAAUCGCUUAGUCGAGUUUUUUGCAAAUAAGGACCAGGGCUUCUAUGAAAGAGGGAUCAUGAAAUUACUUUUAAAAUAG